AUGAGGUGGCUCAAGAAAAUUCUCAAGGGAUUGAACAACUCCACGUUAAAUGAGCGGUUUCCACGUGCUGGUGAUGGUCCCACGAGAUAUCCGGUAAUAAAAACUGAAUCAAACAAUAGUUCACCCGUUGGCUUGCAACGCGGGUUUGUAGGAUUUCUCUUCAUGUUGUUGUGUAAAUUUCUUCUGUUCUCUUAGGAUGAGCGAACUAGGACUGAUGACGAGGAUUUGGAUCAUGCUAUGGCACUCUCCCUUGCUGACAAAGAUGCUGGGAGACCAAAUGGUAUGUCUGAAAGACUAGAUUUUAUCAUUGAAAUUUGUUAUCAUCUGUUGACUAUGGCUCAAGCUGUCUUCUCCCAUCCAUCUGAAAGAAUGUUUUUUGCCAUUGACCUUUGGCGCGGUUGCAGCUUUUCCUCACUGGCUAUCUGAAGAUAUAGUUUCGCAUACUAUAUUCGAUCUAUUUUAUUUGGCUAUCAUGCGAUGUUGUAGGUGCAUAUGAAACCGUGAUAAUAAAUACUGUUCUAGGGUUUCAUUGUAUGAUAACCUACAUCUUCUUUCUUUCAACAGGUUUCCAAGGUCGCCAAGACGAUGAUGAUGAUCUUUCCAGAGCAAUCCGGGAGAGCUUAAACCCGCCUGCAUAUCCACCUUACCCUCCAAGGCAGUUUUUACCGACCAGAUAUAAGUUAGUGUUGUUAACUAUCGUAUUUAAAUUUUUUCAUGAAUAUUCCUUUUUCCCUCAAUGACGUGCAAAGUUAAUUUGGAAUUUUAAUGAAUUAUUACUAUUAUUGCCAGAAUCUGUGGAGCCUGCCAUCGUGAAAUCGGUCAUGGUCAUUACCUAAGUUGCAUGGGAACGUUCUGGCACCCACAAUGCUUUCGUUGUUAUGCCUGUGGUCUGCAAAUUUGUGAGAAAGAGGUGCUUCGUCCACGUCUCAAUUCACUUGUUUCAUUUAAAAUUGCUUCUAUUUGUGGAAGACUGUUUUCUCGUUAUGAUAGCUGUAUCAUCAGUCAUUUACAAAGAAAAUACUCUAACACAUACGUUCAGUUUUCUUUGUCAGGGACGCGUCAAUAUCAUAGGAUUUGCUACAAAGAGCUAUAUCAUCCUAGAUGUGAUGUUUGCCUCAACUUUGUAAUGAUGCGUUCUCUAAAUUUAUUGGUUUAGUUUUUCAUGAUACAUCUCGAAUUUAUUUUUAUAUUUUCCUGUGAUGGCAUUUUUCGGAAUUUUUCUCUGUAUUUUGUGAAAUGAGACGGAAUGAAACCACAGCACCAUGAAGAUGCUCUGGGAGAUCCGAAUCUUUGUACUCAUAGUGCUUCUUUACUUAAAAUGGAAAUUGUCAUAUGAGAUCAGAUCGCUUUACGUUCCUUGAUAGCUUAGGGGUAGGGAUGCCAAUCAACCUGUCCUAGCCUUGAAUCUCACAUGAAGAAGUUUGAUUAAUUUUAAUAGAUAACGAUUACUUAAAUAGAAGGUCUGGUUUCGACGAUUAAGGGUUUUGUAGUUCAUUCCAUGACCAUGUUUAUACUUGAUUUUUUUUCUCAUCUCAUCACAUCCUGCUCUUUGAUAUGUGGGCAUCAUCAUCAAUACCAGACAGUUUGAAUCAGAUGGGCCACAUUAUAUUUUAUGGCACUGGAAAAUCAACACCUCUCUAUCAUGACAACAGGCACAUUCUUACUAAUAUGAUUGUUUUAAGCGGCUACUAAAAACAUUAAUGAAAAAAUGAUAAAAGUAACUUAUGUCAGGCAUCUAUGCAAAUCUUCCUAACUUAGGUUUGGUAUAUAUAUUAGGUAACUGUAAUUUAGCAAUACAAUUUAUGACCUUGUUGUUUGGUGAAUGAUGAGUAAAAGAUGGUUUGUUUGGUAAGACUUCACUCUUUGGACCGGUGAUGUCUUAUAUAGUGAUCGUUAACUUGCCAAGAACGAUUCAUGCAUCGCUUAACGAUCGUUUACUUGAUUAUUGAUUGUUGAAUUUACUCUUAUACAUAGACUCAAUCGUCUCUCUUCAGGUUUUUGCAACACUGCUCAUGGAAUGUACUUGAUUUUUCAGUGGUCUUUUUUUCCUUGAUUAUUUAGGGUAUAAACUAGGUUGUAUGGCUUGUAAACUACUCUUUAAUUCAAGUACUGAGGGAAUUGAUCACAAUUUUGGUUCAUGUGGGAAAGAUUCUCUGAGAAAAAAUCGAAAUAAAGUUGCCACAUAUUGAUUUUUAGCACUCACUAGUGAUGUGCUGCAGUACUAUUUUAUGAUCAUCACUAUACUUGGAUUUAAAAGCAUAACGAUGGAAAUAAACCUUUUUUUAGAAAUGAUCAGUUUCAGGUGGUGUUAUUUAUUUGUAAGGAAAUAAACCUUUUUUAUUUGAACGGACAAAUAGGAGUACAGAGCUUUUUUCCUAUCAUGCUUUGAAACUUUCACGAAGCUGCUAAAUGAGCUUCAUUAAGGCUUUCACCACAAGCUAUUGGACUAUAACCACGCAAUAUCAAGGUUCAGAAUGCUUCAUUGACUACGUAGCUGUUUUGUGCUUGGAUUAAGUAGUCACCUAACGGUUUAAUCGUACCUGGGUGUCAUGGUGAUAAGUAAUAGUGUAUGAAUUUUCUUGUAUAUCAUUAAAAUAUAUAUCUACCUCGUGAUCAUCGUUUCUAUCGUACCUCAUAGACGUACUUUGGAGAAUAAUCAUAUUCUUAUGAUGAAUCUGGUUCAUCAGAAGCAUGACGCAUGUCUGUUUAUCAUUUUGGAAAAGUUUACGACAAGGGGUGCUCAGCAAUCACUAUCAAAAUAUUCAGAGUUACUAAUGGGGGUUGUUUACACACUUCCAUCCGCCUUCCCAGGGAGCUCGUGUGUAUUAAACAUAAUUCGAAGUUCCUUAUUUGAUGUCUGAGCACAAUUUGAUGUGUAUUACACAUAAUUUGAAGUUCCUUAUUUGAUGUCUGAGCACAAUUUGAAGUCCACGGUUACCCAGCAUCAUGAACUUCACCAUAGCAAGAAAUGAUAAAAAUAGGACAGUGGCAUUCAUUCCGUAGAUUCCACAGGUUACAUUCCAGUAGAUAUAUUCCAAACAUCAAUCCGUGGUGAUUCAUCUUUAAGUGUUUGAUCUUGUACAUUGGUUACACUCAUUUUUCCUCAAUCAUCUUCGGAAUCGAAUAACUUUCUCCUCUGGGCUUAUCUUUUUGUUGAAUUUUUGUUAGAUUAAUCUUACUACCAAGUUUUUCAAACCAUGAUGCUUCAAUUACUUAAAUCCUCUUCUCCCAUCGUACAGAUUCCGACGAACAGGGAGGGUUUAAUUGAGUACAGGGCGCAUCCAUUUUGGCACCAGAAAUAUUGCCCUUCACAUGAGCAUGAUGGUACACCUCGUUGUUGUAGCUGUGAAAGAAUGGAGGUAAUACCUGCGCAUCCAUCUGCUUUAUAGGAUUAUUGCCAUGAUUGAUUGCCAUCUAGUUCACAUAAUUUGACAGCCUUUUAGCUUCCUAUGUGGUACUUAUUUUCUCGUUGAAAUUCCAGUCUAGGAAGGCGAAGUACAUUUCCUUGGGGGAUGGACGCAGUCUAUGCCUCGAAUGCUUGGAUAGUGCGAUAAUGGAUACCGGUGACUGUCAGCCUCUUUAUCAUGGUAUACGGGACUACUAUGAAGGAAUGAACAUGAAAAUAGAUCAACAAAUUCCCAUGCUUCUUGUGGAGAGACAAGCCCUCAAUGAGGCCAUGGAAGGGGAAAAGGAUGUAAGUUUUCCCUAGAUAUAAUGUGUUCAGACUUACCUCUCUUGGCUUGAUACGCCUUCCAUUUCAGGGUCACCGUCAUAUGCCUGAGACAAGGGGCUUAUGCCUUUCUGAGGAACAAACUAUUAGCAGUGUAAGGAAAUCACGGAAUCCUAAUCUCGUCCUUGUGUGUUUACUAAACAGCAUGUAAUUCCUUUUUCUUUCUCGUUUCCUGCGGUCCUCAUCAUAUCUAGAUACUCAAGAAGCCAAGAAUAGGGUCUCAUCGGGGGCUUCUAGGCAUGAAAACCCAGCAGCAGAAGUUGGUUCGAAGAUGUGAAGUUACAGCCAUUCUCAUUCUAUAUGGUCUUCCGAGGUAAGUCACAUCUGUCGUCGUUAUGCCCGUCCUCACAGCUCAUAAAAAAAUCGGUAGAAAAUGGUCUUGAGAUCUGUAUUUUCGAUUUUAUUAUCAUAUUUUAAAUUAUUUCGCUGAUGAACGCUCGUCGGUUUUUAAAUCAUCAUGCCUCAACUUGUCUGAAAGAGCAUAUCUGCCAUCAUUGUGCAUGGUCAACGGACAUGCUCCGCGAUUUUCAUUAUCUUCCCGUAAUUAGCAUCGUGGGGUAUUUUUACUCAGAAGAAAUCCAACUGCCCAGAUCAUAAAAUGAAAUAUCAUAUUUUUUUAGAUAUUGCUCGGAUUGACUUCAUGAAAACCUACCAGUGGGCAGAAGAGUUUCAUUUUCUUUUGGCCCCUCGGUAAUCCCACCCAUUCCAUUCCUCCCUCUCAAACAAUGUGAUUGGAAACCCCGGACAGAUUGAACGUCCACGCCUAAUGUUUAGGAAUUUUCUGACCGCAGGCUCCUAACAGGUGCCAUACUCGCGCAUGAGCUGAUGCAUGGAUGGUUGCGCCUAAAGGGUACGCUUCGUCUCAGUUUCUUCUACAGUUCAAUGCAUGGACGAUGCACCUUCUGAUGAUCUAUGGUCGUUUACAUGGGAGGAAGGGGUUGGCCAAAGAAGCUAAGAUUGGCCAGUCCCGCUCAAUGGUCUUCUGCUGAUUCAUCUGUCUGUUCAGGCUUUCGCAAUCUUAGCCCCGAAGUGGAGGAGGGCAUAUGCCAGGUGUUAUCUCACAUGUGGCUGGAAUCCGAAGUGAUACCGGGAACGAGCAUGCCCUCCACAUCCGCCGCCGGCGCCGCCUCGUCCUCCUCUUCCCACCCGAAGAAGGCCGGGAAGUCGGACACCGAGAAGAAGCUCGGCGAGUUCUUCAUGCACCAGAUCAUGCACGACACUUCUCCGGCCUACGGCGGCGGCUUCAGAGCCGCCAACGCUGCCGUCGGCAAGUACGGCCUCCGUUGGACCUUGGAGCACAUUCGCCACACUGGGCGGUUCCCUCUGUAG